AUGAAUUUACAAGCUGUGAGUUCAGGCUCAAUAAAUAUUUCAGGGGACAGUCAUUAAAAUGGACUUGAUCAUUAUGUGACUGAGUUGAAUAAUUAAAAUUUGAUGCAAGUUAGACGUCCUAAUGAAGAUCAAAUUUUAGCAUUCGUUGAUUUUGAGGGACUUAAAAUUGAUAAAAUUAAAUAACAUAAGACAGUUCCAGAUUAAUAAUAAAAAGAUAAUAAAAGUAUUGGAAGCAAAGUAUCGCAUUAGGUUCGUAGGAACAGCGCAGAUUAAUCUGAAGACUCACCUUUAAAGCAAUCACUAAGAGAUGAAUUAAUACCAUAUGAUAGUCCUAAUUUAGAACUUAAAAAGUUAGGAGAUACUGAAGAACAUAGAAAAAGUAAGACUGUUAUUAGUCCAGUUGUUUAAUCAUCAAAAUCACCAAAAAGAAAAAGUAAACAUUUUUCAAAAAUUUUCUCGAAAAUUACAAAUAGAAUGCAUUUGGCUAAAAAAUUCAUCUCAAAAAUGAAAUUGUUGUCUCCAUUUUCAAGAAAGGUUAACAAACAACAAAUGCAAAUAAUUUAAGACUUAAGUUCUGAUAUAAGUAACAAAAAUGAAAAAUAUAUGAAUUAAAGUUACAUUAAAGUACAUGAUUAUGUAAAAUCUAAAAAGAAACUCAGAAGAACGAAUAGUCUUUAAGCAUUUAUAGCAUUAAAAUCAUACUUUAGUAUUUGUAAAUUAUAAACGAUAUUAAAUAAAAUCAAAAAUGGUACAAUAGAUCCUUAAGGAAAUUUUCUGUUCUUUUGGGAAUUGCUAAAAUUCAUUAUAACUCUAUCAUCAUUAUUUUAAUUAUCAAUACAGAUAUGUUUUGAUUUGAAUGUUUUAAAUUGGUAUUUUGUAGCUGAUAAAGAAAAUUCUUAAAACAUAUUAAUAAUUAUGUUUAUUUAUUAUUUAAUAGAUAUUUUUUUAGGAUUUAGGACAGGAUAUUAUGAAAAUGGAGAAGUAGUGACCAAAUAUUAAAGAGUUGCAAGAAGAUAUUUAAAAACUUAUUUUUUUGUAGAUUUAAUAUCUAUACUGCCAAUAUUGAUUAAUAUUAUACUAAUUCAAUCAUUUGAGAAUGACAAUGUCAUAAUCAAGAUAGUGAAUUGUUUAUCAUUUAUAAGAUCAAAUGCUUUAAACAGAGUAUAUCAUUCUUUGGAGGGCAGAUUAUUGAGCAAUCCUAGAUUUGUGAUAGCAUAUCGAUUUUUAAGUGUAAUUGGCACAGUAUUUCUAUAUGCACAUGUAUUUGGAUGUCUUUGGUAUUUAGUGGGUUAAAAAAAUAAUAAUAAUUGGAUAAAUAAAGCAGGAAUAAUAGAAGAUUCUUGGUUUGCCCUAUAUAGUUAUUCAAUAUAUUGGUCAGUAAUGACAAUGACAACAGUAGGAUAUGGAGAUUUGACUCCAGCAAAUUAUGAAGAAGCAUUAUUUUGUGUUUGUACAAUGUUUAUAGCAAGUGUUGUGUUUGCAUAUUCAAUAAAUACAAUAGGAAUGAUUAUUGCUGAGAUGAAUAAAUUUGAUGAAAAAAUCAAUGAAAAUAUGGCAAUUAUAAAUAGAUACAUGCAACGCAAAAAUUUUGAUUAAUCUUUGUAAUUUAGAGUGAGACAAUAUUUAUAAAAUUUAUGGACUUAGGAGGAUAAAUUCAGAAUAGUGGAUGAAAAUAAGAUCAUUAAUUGUUUAAGUCCAACAUUAAAAGAAGAAAUUUAAAUAUGUUUGUAUGGUUAAUUCAUAACAAAUAUUCAUUUAUUUUAUAGAUUCUUUAGUUAGGAAUGCUUAUUGGAAUUAACUAAAAAUGUUUAGGAAUACAGAGUAGCACCAAACUCUUAUGUGAUUGAAGGUGGAACUCACGAAGGAAUUGCUUUAUAUUAAUUAGUAAGUGGAGAUGCUCAUAUGUUUGUAGAUCUUUAAGACAGAAAGUAUUAUAUAGGUAAGAUGAAGAAAGGGGAUAUUUUUGGUCAUGGACCUUUCUUUAUGAAUACUUUACAUUCAUAUAGUGUUAAGACAGAUUCUGCGUGUUCUUUUGCUUAUUUAUCAAAAUAAAUGUUUUUAGACAUCCUUCAAUCACAUCCAGCUGAUUAUGUAAUUAAUUCAUUUAUUUAGCAAACAUAUAGGAUGAUAAUUGAUCAAUGGACAUUCUAGAAUCAGAAACUCGAUUUAGGAGUUAAAUGCAUUGGUUGUGGACAAAAUGAACAUGAAAUAGAUUAAUGUAAUAAGCUACAUCUCAUAUUAAAUAAGAAAAUGCUCAUUGCUAAACAUUUAUUUUCUAUACCCAAUAAACGAUCAAAAUUCUAAAGAAAUAACAGAAGAACAGCUAAUGCCAAAUUUGGUUAAAGAUUAUUUGAAGAUGCUGUCUCAUUAUUUCAAGAAAAAAAUUUUUCAUUUUCAUCUGAUGAAGAAGAACCAGAUGCUAGUUAAAUAGAGAGAACUUAUUAAACCAGAAUGACUUAAGAAUUUAGAUAUUAAGAACACACUUAAACACAUAAAUCGUCUUAACCAUUAUCUUAACAACAUAAUCAACAACCCAAGNUAUAUUGGUCAGUAAUGACAAUGACAACAGUAGGAUAUGGAGAUUUGACUCCAGCAAAUUAUGAAGAAGCAUUAUUUUGUGUUUGUACAAUGUUUAUAGCAAGUGUUGUGUUUGCAUAUUCAAUAAAUACAAUAGGAAUGAUUAUUGCUGAGAUGAAUAAAUUUGAUGAAAAAAUCAAUGAAAAUAUGGCAAUUAUAAAUAGAUACAUGCAACGCAAAAAUUUUGAUUAAUCUUUGUAAUUUAGAGUGAGACAAUAUUUAUAAAAUUUAUGGACUUAGGAGGAUAAAUUCAGAAUAGUGGAUGAAAAUAAGAUCAUUAAUUGUUUAAGUCCAACAUUAAAAGAAGAAAUUUAAAUAUGUUUGUAUGGUUAAUUCAUAACAAAUAUUCAUUUAUUUUAUAGAUUCUUUAGUUAGGAAUGCUUAUUGGAAUUAACUAAAAAUGUUUAGGAAUACAGAGUAGCACCAAACUCUUAUGUGAUUGAAGGUGGAACUCACGAAGGAAUUGCUUUAUAUUAAUUAGUAAGUGGAGAUGCUCAUAUGUUUGUAGAUCUUUAAGACAGAAAGUAUUAUAUAGGUAAGAUGAAGAAAGGGGAUAUUUUUGGUCAUGGACCUUUCUUUAUGAAUACUUUACAUUCAUAUAGUGUUAAGACAGAUUCUGCGUGUUCUUUUGCUUAUUUAUCAAAAUAAAUGUUUUUAGACAUCCUUCAAUCACAUCCAGCUGAUUAUGUAAUUAAUUCAUUUAUUUAGCAAACAUAUAGGAUGAUAAUUGAUCAAUGGACAUUCUAGAAUCAGAAACUCGAUUUAGGAGUUAAAUGCAUUGGUUGUGGACAAAAUGAACAUGAAAUAGAUUAAUGUAAUAAGCUACAUCUCAUAUUAAAUAAGAAAAUGCUCAUUGCUAAACAUUUAUUUUCUAUACCCAAUAAACGAUCAAAAUUCUAAAGAAAUAACAGAAGAACAGCUAAUGCCAAAUUUGGUUAAAGAUUAUUUGAAGAUGCUGUCUCAUUAUUUCAAGAAAAAAAUUUUUCAUUUUCAUCUGAUGAAGAAGAACCAGAUGCUAGUUAAAUAGAGAGAACUUAUUAAACCAGAAUGACUUAAGAAUUUAGAUAUUAAGAACACACUUAAACACAUAAAUCGUCUUAACCAUUAUCUUAACAACAUAAUCAACAACCCAAGAAUGUAAGAUUUAGAAAACGCUCGCGUUCAUUGAAUUCUCUAAGUGUUCACUCUGAAGAAGAUUCUAAAUUUUAAAAGUCUAUAUCUGGUAUCAAAUCAAAUGAUUCCCUAAUUGAUAAAAUGAGUGGUAUUCCUGUCAAGGUAUAAUAAAUACCAAGUUCAUAAUUAUCUUAGAGUUCAUUCAAUGUGUUUCUAAAAGAAUAUCCUAAAAGAAAGAUUUCAAAAUAAUAAGAUUCUGAUAAAUAUUCAAAUCACUCAAUUGGUCAACGCCAACAAUAACCAUAACAUUUAUCCUAACAAUUAUAACAUAAAUCUAGCAGUUAAUCAAGUAGUGGAAUUAUGCCAUAAAGUAGCAUGGGAAUACCUCCAGUGCCCAAUGCUUCACCUUCUUUACUAUAAUAAGAUGAAAAGCAAUUCUUUUAGAGAAAUGAAGACAGUUUACAAAUUACUUCAGAAAGAAAAAAGAAAUCUCAGAUUGGGACAAGUUAUUCCAAUACAAAAUCUAUCAAAAAUCCUUUACAAGCAAUUCCCUCUGUAAGUGAGAUUAAUGAGACAGAAAAAAAUAACAAUAAUCAUCUAAAAGAAGCCUCUUAUGCUUCCAAAUAAUUGUCCUUGUAAAGUAGAUCAAAAAGCUAAAGAUAUACUAUUUCAUUGAGAACUGACAGCCAAAAAAUAAGAGAAGAUACAAAACAUGACACCUAGAAACAUGAUUUUAAAUAUCGAACAGAUACUUAUCGAUAAUACAACGAAAACAAUAGUCCAUUAAAUGAGGAAUAGUUUCACAUUAAGUUUGAAUAAGCAUGUGAUCUGAAAUCUUAUUAUCCAUAAUAUAAUAAGGAUAAAAUUAUUUUGUAGUAUAAAAGGCAUCAACUUAAAAAAGCAACCUAUUCACAUUAGAUCAAAUUUUGA